UGAGUAAAAUUGAAUAAGAGUUCAUAACAUAAAUUUGAGAAUAAAAUAUACUUUUGAAAAACAGAUGGUAAUUAUUAGUAGAAGAUAAAUAAGAUAGAUGGAAAAUAAAUUUACUUUUGAAUAUACAGCGAGUAAUAUUUUAAAAGAAUAAUUUUGAUAGAUAAUCUUAUUAAAAUAUAUAAAAUAGAUAGUAAUAUUUUUGAAAAAUAGUAAUGUAGAAGUAAGAAUAAAUUAAUUACUAAUACUAUGAAAACAGUGAGUAAGAGUUAUGAAAAUAAUUUGAAAAAUGUGAGUAACUAACUAAAUAUGUUAAUUCUAAACUAGAUUAUUGUAAUAUUUUAAAUACUUUUGGAUGAAAUACAAUAAAGAAAUGUAAAUAUAAAUUUAAUUAAAACAGCUGGUAAUAACUAAUCCUAUUAAGAAACCAAAAUAUGAAUAUCUAUUACUUACUUGCUUAUUUAUAAAUAAAGUAAAAUUAUUUAUAAGAAAAAUAUAUUUUAUUACUGAACAUUUGAAUAAAAUAAAAAGGGUAUAAUACUUUGAAAGAAUUUAUCACCGAAGAAAGAGCAAAAUUCAAUGA